ACUGCCUCAGACAGCCACCAAGCAGCUGAGGAGAGAGCAGCCAGACGUACCCAUCAUGUCCGACAAGCCAGAUUUUGCAGAAAUUGAAACAUUUGACAAGACCAAGCUGAAGAAGACAGAAACCAGAGAGAAAAAUCCACUGCCCACUAAAGAAACUAUCGAACAGGAAAAGCAAAGUGAAAGUACAGCCUGAGCGUAAAAUUGAAGAUGUGACUGCUGCUUCUUCAGUGGGGUUUUGGCUUCCGAAUUGGGUUGUGUUGUUUUGUCCCCCCCAUCCCAUGUUUGUUGCCCAUUUAUUGUAGCAAACAUUUGCUCAUUUAAUGUUCCCCAGGGAAGAAGUUUGUUUUGUGUUUGUUGAACAAGAUACUGUGUGUUUGUAUUCUUAAAACUGUAAUUCCAAGUUCUGUAUCAACCCCAUUACUUGCCAAAAAAAAGCAAUUUGCAUAAAAAUUGUUUUCCUAAACCUCACAAUAAACAGGUUUCUUCUGA